AUGCUGGGCCGGAGCGGCGCGCGCGCGGGGUCCAGGCUGCCGCGGGGCUGGAUCGCGCUCUGCUGGCUCAGUUUGCUGCCCUUGGGGCUUGCCGAUCCCCACAACGUGACUGCCUUUCCGGCAGGAAUCUCUUCAGCUGUUUUCACAAAUGUGUCCAACCAAGGCCAGGAAGCCACAACACUAAGUAUUCUUGAAAGCUUUAGCCCCAACCACACCAGCCCCAACCCGGUCUCUCAAGACAGCAAUGUGACUACCGGAACACAGUUACCUUUCUCAGAGUCGACAGUCAACUUCACCUCUACCUCUGGGAUCACCCCAAUUCCUGGAACCAUGAACUCUUCUGUCCAGACACAGACCUCACGAACCACCCCGGUAUCCACCACCCCAACCAACCUUCCCACUUCAGGGAAGACCUUGGAGCCCAGCACGUUUGCUGGAAACAUUUCAGAUGGCCCAGCCAACAGCACCAGCCCUAUGGUGUCAUACACGCAAUCCUAUACAUCAUCUCCUUCUACUCCAGUUACCAUUACGGGAGAGAUUACAUGUUUAGAAAUCAAAGAAGUGAAAUUGACCCAGGGCAUCUGCCUGGAGCAAAAUGAGACCACCUCAUGCGAGGACUUUAAGAAGGACAAAGGCGAGGACCUGAUCCGAUUGCUGUGUGAACAGGAGCAGGUGGACCCUAGGGCUGGGGGGUGCUCCCUGCUCCUGACCCAGUCAGAUACAAAGCCCCAGUGUCUGAUGCUGGUCUUGGCCAACAGAACAGAACUUUCCAGCAAGCUCCAGCUUAUGGGAAAGCACCAGUCUGACCUGGGGAAGCUGGGCAUUCACAGCUUCACUGCAGAGAGUGUUGGGAGCCACCAGCGCUACUCCCGCAAGACCCUGAUUGCUCUGGUGACAUCCGGGAUCCUGCUGGCUAUCUUGGGUACCACGGGCUAUUUCCUCAUGAACCGCCGCAGCUGGAGCCCCACAGGAGAAAGACUGGGUGAAGACCCUUAUUACACGGAGAGCAGUGGCGGCCAGGGCAAUAGCUCUGGCCCCCGGGCCUCCCCCGAGGCCCAGGGAAAGGCCAGUGUGAACCAAGGGGCUCAGGAGAACGGCACCGGGCAGGCCACGUCCAGGAAUGGCCAUUCAACAAGACAACACGUGGUGGCUGACACCGAACUGUGACUUGGUUGGGUGGGACAAGGUUGGGCAGUGCCCCAGGCAGGGCCUCCCCCUCCAUCUGGACACAGCCAUCAAGCUCAACCCUUCUCACUGGCCUAGGGAUGUGCAGGACACCAGGCUGGGGGUUCUCUCCACCUGGGGCAGAGGCAGGGAAUCUCCUGCUAUUUACAGACUCAGCCUUUGAGCUCCAGACUCCAGUCUUACUGGGGUGAUGGGAGAAAAGCCCAGGUCCAGAGAAGCCCCCAGGGGUGUUGCUACCCUUCCUGCGUUCCUGCCCAGGCCCCCCUCCCCAGACUUCCUCUUUUCAGCCUCAUUACAGGAGCCCCCAGAGAAAAGCCCAGUCUUUUCUGGAUGACAAUUUCUGCCUGGAAAGCAUACCUUUUGCCUCCUUGUAUUUUUCCUCCUCUACUUUAGGGAAACCAGAAUAAUCCUUUCCACCUACACCCUUGUCUUGAUAUAGCCCGAAAAACUAGUUGUCUUCACCAGCUUCCUUUAUCCCUCCAACAAGACGCCGUGGGUUCAGCCACCAGCGCCCCUCUGGCUCUCCACAAGUUCCACCCAGAGCCCUGCUUCCCCUCGUGCUAUACUGAGCCCGACACUGGGGAGUAAGGCAGUGCAUGGACACACAUGCAUCCCUCUGUGGGGACAGAUGGCUUCAGCCCAGGCCUUCUCUCACAGGCCAUGCCCACCUCUUCGUUGGACUCCUAUGUCCUGGGUCUGAGGGGCAGGACGGUGGGACCAGGUCUCUGAGCAGAGGCACCCCUCCAACCCCCCCUCUGGGCUGGACUGUUUGGAGGAAGCCUCUUACUCUGAGGCUGGAGUCCCGGCUGCUCUGUUCAUUGUGCGGCCUGGCUCCCUCCUCCCUCCCCAAACUCGGGGACUGAGCUGUAACCUCAGCGCGCGCAUGCACGCACGCGCACACACACAAAGUAGAACCCUUUCUAAUGGCCUCGCCCACCCCAUGCCCCUCUUAGUGCUUUGUACCCCGUGUGGUCAGGGCCCCGGGAUGUCUCCAAAGGCCCCUUCCUUCCCACAGCCUUGACCUCGGUGGCAUUCAGGUCCUGUUUUUAGAGGGUCAUUCCCCCCCUGCUCCAGAGAAUGAGCAGGGGUCUGUGGUCCCAUGACGGUGGGCAAUAUUAGCUUUCCAGGGAUGGGUGGAUUGGGUGGAUUCUGUUUCAUCCUGAAUAAAACGUGUGUGUAAAUACUGUAAUUAAAGUGAUCCUGAAUGGA